AUGCUUGCUAAACGCUCCCUUUCUACUUUGAUCCCCCCAAAGAUUGUUUCUGCGAAGAACUUGGGCUCCGCUCCUAACGCUCAGCGUAUUUCGCAAGUUGUGCAAUUCUACAAAUCUCUACCUCAGGGUGCUGCCCCAGCUUUCAAGCCAUCGGGCCCAAUCGGAAAGUACAAGGCCAAAUACUUUGACGGUGACAACGCUAGUGGCAAGCCUUUGUUGCAUCUUGCAAUUGCCAUCUUGGGUUUGGGGUACUCUAUGGAAUACUAUUUCCAUUUGAGACACCACAAGGGUGGUGCUCAGCACUAA